CACGGUCGACCCGUCACGUUCUGGGAGUGGUACACUACCACCGCUCUCAUUCCAGGCGAUAACUAUUUCCAUCAACAUGGCCUUUCGUUUUCUUGCUCGCAAUCAGCCCGCAGCGCGGCUGCUCUCGCCAGAACGUCUCGGCGGCCUCCGUGUGGCGGCGUUGUCGGCGUCUGCCGGCCGCUCGGCGGCAGCCCAUCGCGAGGUGAUGAAGUUUGGCGGCGCGUCGCUCGGCUCGGCCGAUGCGGUUCACCGAGUGGCGAUGCUGGUGGCUGCCAAGGCGUCGGGUGCGGCGGCGGCUGGCAGUGGUGAUGAGAUCGGCGUUGUGCUUUCGGCCAUGUAUGGCGUAGCCGAGGCGCUCGCCGAAGCAUCGACGGCGGCUCGAACCAGGAACUUUGUCCUGCUCCGCAAGCUCCGCAACCAGAUCGUGGCCGGCCACCUUGAGACUAUCGAUGCGCUGUUUGCCCCGCCGGCGAUGGGAGCGACCCGCGUUCAUGCUCAGGGCGAGUCGCCGAACGCGGCGCUUGAUCUGCAGUCCCCGGCGGCGCGGAUGGGUCGGACCGAGCUUGACGCUCUGCGGACAACGCUGCGGUCUGAGGUCGAGCAACUGAUGGAGCGCGACUUUGACACUCCAGUGGGAGCCCUGUUCAAGGAGUCGUUUGAGACGCCGGGCGAUGCCCCGGCCGUCAAGGCACAGCUCGAUCGGAUGCAGUCGCUCGGCGAGCGACUCUCGUGCCUCAUCUUUGAAAAGUACCUCAUCGCGAUGGGGACUUCGGCUGUGCUUGCGGACCCGACAGGUCUCAUCCGGACCAACGGCAAGUACGGCGCAGCGCUGCCGGAUCUUGAGGCGUCGGCGGCGCUCAUCCAGGCGCAGCUCGACUCGGUGCUGGCCGCCGGCUCGGUGGCGGUGGUGCCGGGCUUGUACGGCGGAGCAGUGGACAACCCGGCAGCGAUCACGACAUUCAAUCGUGGUGGCUCGGAUCUAACGGCGACGCUCCUCGGCCGUGGCCUCGGCGCCGAUGAGGUCUCGCUGUGGAGGGUCGAACCGGUUCAGGAGGCCGAGAGCGGGGCGUUUGUCGAUUGGGCUCCGGGCUCUGUCGGCGUUGUCCACGACGGCGACGCAAAGACGACCAUCCCGGUCCUCACGUACAACGAGGCAGAAGUCCUUACCCGUUAUGGCAAGGAGAUUGUCGACCCGCAGAUUGUUUCGCCGAUCGAGGCCAAGGAGAUCCCGAUCCGGAUCCGCAACACGCUGGAGCCCGCGCGCGAAGGCACGACCAUUGUUGCGGCCGACGACAAGCCGGCGGCAGCGGCAGCGGCGACCACGGUUGUCCGGGUCCGCAAUCGCGGCGCACUGGACGCGUCGGCGGCUGCCGCUCUCCCGCCGUCGCGCGAGGUCAUUGCUGUCGUCGGCGACGACAUCCGCGCCUCGCUCCAGGAUGCUCAGACCGAUGUGGCCGAUCUCGUUGCGUCGGUCGACUCACGGCUCGGAGACGGGGCGGAGCUUUCUGCCGAGUGGACGCUCGAUGCCUCGCCACACGCCAUCCCGCUCACGGUAGAGGCCUCUAAGGCUAAUGACGCCAUCGCGGCCCUCACAGCCACCCUUGCCGGCGUCAACACCGGCGCCCUGACGUCCAUCAAUGUCACUCCCGAGCCUCUUACCGCCAGCCAGCCGACGCUUUGA